UACCUGUUGACAGCUAAAAGUCUGUUACCGUGUCAGCGAACGGUGGUGCAUUUGGUACGUGUGAAGGAAGUGCAGUUACCAGACAGAUUACGUUGCGCGCGCUCCCUUUAAUUUUCCCGGGAAAACUGACGAAAUGUCUGAAAACGGAGUUAAAAGUACGGCUGGAUGUGUCACGCCGACGAAGAAAAGCCGAUAUAGUGAUACAAAUGGAGAUCACAAAGAUGUUGCCAAGAAGCGAGACAAUUACUUAGACUGGGAUGAGUAUUUCAUGGCAGUGGCUUUCCUCUCCGCACAACGCAGCAAAGACCCAAGCUCACAGGUUGGUGCGUGCAUUGUAAACCAGGAAAAGAAAAUUGUCGGUAUCGGCUACAACGGCAUGCCCAACAAGUGUGAUGACGACGAGCUUCCCUGGGGGAAAGAUGGGGAAUGGCUGGACCAGAAAUACCCAUAUGUCUGUCAUGCCGAAAUGAAUGCCAUCAUGAACAAGAACUCCUCUGAUGUCAAGGACUGCACGAUCUAUGUUGCUUUGUUCCCGUGCAACGAGUGCGCCAAGCUCAUCAUCCAAUCGGGCAUCAGGAAGAUUGUCUUCCUCUCUGACAAACAUCACGAGAAACCGGCCACCAUUGCCUCCAAGAAAAUGCUGGACAUGGCCAAAGUGGAAUAUGUGAAAUACAUACCGAAACAGCAUAAGAUUGAGAUUGACUUCUUCGAGAUUGAUCCAGACUGCCGUCCGGGACCAAUGAGCUCCAUCACGUCACCGUAAGGAGAGAUCACAUGAGGAGAAAGCCGGAUAGGUCAGAGUUCAGUUCUAGGUCAUGUCAAAGGUCAGAUUGUCAAGGGCAGGAAGGAAUAAUUUAAAUUGUGUAUCUUAGUGGUGUUUUCGGAUGAUUGACAGAACGAGACAAGCUGAAUUUUGAGGUCUUCCAAUACAGGCUCAUAAUUUUUGUUCCCAAAAAGUCUUUGGGUAAUUUUUUUUUCUUCAAUAUUGAU